AUGUACAACAAUUACAAUGCAGGCGGUGCCAAUGCUGGUGGUGGUGGCGGUGGAUUCUACAGUGGAAACAGCAAUGCUGGGGGCUUUCAACAAAACAACCAAUAUCAAAACACCACUCAACAACAGCAACCACAAAAUAAUCAAUUUCAAAAUCCCAAUCAAUGGUCGGCACCCCAACAGCAACAGCAACAGCAACAGCAACCAAUGAAUCAAUCCUACGACCAACAAAGUCAAUACUCCCAGCAACCACAACAGCAGCAGCAGCAAGAGCAGCAACAACAACAUGCUCCAGGCGGUUCCUUUUUUGGGGCUCCCACCCAAGGCGGCGGCUCUGGCUUUGAUAUGAUGAAAGGCAUGGCAACUCAAGCAGCACUGCGUGGAAUGACUGGAGGAGGCCUCAAUCAAGGUGAUAUUAUCAAAGUGGUAGACAUUGGAAUUGCUCGCCUCAUUCCCGGAGUCGAUUAUACCAUGCAAACUCUGAGGACCUAUUACGCCGUAGAUAAUAAUUACGUCAGGCGCAAAAUGCAAAAGGUGCUCUUUCCUUUCUUGUCCAAGAAUUGGAAACGACAAAUUAUUUCGGGUGGAGACAACACUUACCAACAACCAGGACAGCCACCCAUUCCAACCAUCUAUGCCUUGCCGUAUUCCGAUGAAAAUGCUCCCGAUCUGUACAUUCCCGUCAUGUCCUUGAUUACGUAUUCCUUGUUAGCCGCCCUCUGUUAUGGAACGGCCGGCAAAUUCAACCCCGAAGUCAUUGCCGAUGUUACCACCAAAUGCUUCUUGACCCAAAUCUUGGAAGUGGCCAUUAUUCGAUUUGGUUUCUAUACCAUGCAAGUCCCCAUUGCCUUUUUGGAUCUAAUCUCUUAUACCGGAUACAAAUAUUUGGGGUUGACCAUUAACAUGUUGUUUGGACUCUUUUUGGGAUUUGUCUUGGAUUAUGGCAUGUCGGGAUUUUAUGUCACCUUUUUGUGGACGGCCUCGGCGGCCUUUUAUUUCAUGCUCAAGACCAUGACCUAUUGCAUUCCAGAACAAACGGCACAAGAUGGGCCCAAACGGAGCUUUAUGGUGUUGGGCUUUGCAGCAUCACAAGUGGCCACCAUGUGGUUUGUCAGUCAAACCAAGUUCUUGUAA